AUGGAGGCAGCAAAGAUGUUGCAUUCGUUUUUGAAAAACAGAACCGGUGCUGGAGAAUGGAUUACAUGUACUGCUUCGCGCGGUUGCGCACGUCAGCCGAAUGUGCAUCACAGCGCUCCGCUUCAGGAAGCUCGAAUCGAAGCGCUGCUGGACGAGAUGCGACCGUUGCAUCAGCGAUCUCGUCCACAUCGGAUCUCGCAAGAAGAUGCGCCGCCCCCGUCACCGCCCAGCUAUGACGUCGUCUUUCAACCCAAACACGCACCACCACCCUACAGCCAACUUGUCCUGCGACCAGUGCAGUCAGUAUGGACUGUUCUCGAUCGUGAGCCGUUGUCGAAGCCUAAAAUUCGACCGACGUGGGCUGACUCUCCGAAACCGCUGAAGAGUAUGCAGAAGAUGUCACUGACCGACGACUCGACGACGUCGACGUUUUCGCUUCCGGACGAUUCCGUCACUGUGGACGACGUGGACUGUGGCAUCACCCCACGGAACACUCCCCGUCAAGCGAGUUUCAUGGCAGCCAUGACGCGUCAGGAAAUCCACGAACAAGACAAUGACGGUACGUGA